AUGCGACUUCUGUUCAUCUUCUCACUUUUGUUUGCCUCCACCGUCGCGUGGUUCUACGGCCGUGACGAGCCAGAUCGCUGGAGUGUCGGCGGGGUAUCAGCCAAAGUCUAAACAAUCACUCGUCUCUAUUGAAUUGCAGGUCUGGCCACUUCCCCAAAAAAUAAUAUAUGGAUCGAAGAACCGAACUUUGACAUAUGACAAAAUCGGAAUUGAUCUCGGCGAUAAGAAAGAAUGCGACAUUCUUUUUUCUAUGGCCGACAACUACAGUUCGUUAAAAACGGAGUGUCGCCGUAAAAUCUGUAAAUUUUAUAGUGAACAAGUGGUUGUUCCCGUUCCCGGUCGAGAUGAAAACAGGAGGGACCGAUGAUUUCAUUAUCACUGUGACGGUCAAAGAUGAGUGUCCGGCCGGUCCGCCCGUGCAUGGCGCCAGCGAAGAAUAUCUUCUGCGUGUCAGCCUCGGCGAAGCAGUCAUCAAUGCUCAGACUGUUUGGGGAGCUCUCCGAGCUAUGGAAACUUUGAGUCAGCUUGUCUUCUACGAUCAGAAAUCCAAAGAAGUUUGAUUGAAAGUGAAAGUUGAUAAUAGUAUUUUCUAAUUUUUCAGUACCAGAUCCGAACAGCAGAAAUCUUCGACAAACCCCGUUUCCCAGUGCGUGGAAUCAUGAUCGACUCCAGCCGUCACUUUUUGUCUGUUAACGUAAUCAAGAGACAAUUGGAGAUCAUGUCCAUGAACAAAAUGAAUGUUCUCCAUUGGCAUCUUGUGGAUAGCGAGUCGUUCCCGUAUACUUCCGCAAAGUUCCCCGAGCUUCAUGGAGUGGUAAACUACUAAACUGUCGCAAAUUGUCAAUUAUUUUUUCAGGGUGCUUAUUCUCCUCGUCAUGUAUAUUCCCGAGAAGAUAUUGCUGACGUAAUUGCUUUUGCAAGACUCCGUGGCAUCCGGGUCAUUCCGGAAUUCGACCUACCUGGACACACCUCCGCGUGGAAAGGCAAGAAAGGAUUCUUGACGGAAUGUUUCGACGAGAAAGGUGAAGAGACCAACUUGCCGAAUUUGAUUGAUCCAAUUAAUGAUGCUAAUUUCGAUUUCAUUUCCGUGAGUUGGGUCUAAUGGGACGGUUUGUCAAUUGAUCAUUGGUUCAGGAGUUUUUGCAAGAAGUCACAGAAACAUUCCCAGAUCAGUUCUUACACUUGGGAGGGGAUGAAGUGUCUGAUUACAUUGUGGAAUGCUGGGUCCGAAACAAGAAGAUUCGAAAGUUCAUGGAAGAGAAGGGAUUCGGAAAUGACACUGUGCUCCUUGAGAACUAUUUCUUCGAAAAGUGAGUCAAAUCCCACAACAAAAACCUUUAAUUUUUCCCCUUUCUGUUCAGACUUUACAAGAUUGUCGAAGGAUUCCGUCUCAAAAGAACUCCAAUAUUCUGGCAAGAAGUGUUCGACAACAACAUCCCGGAUCCCAAUUCGAUCAUCCAUAUUUGGAAGGGAAACACUCACGAGCAGAUCUAUGAGCAGGUCAAGAACAUAACAUCUCGAAACUUUCCGGUGAUCGUGUCCGCGUGCUGGUACUUGAACUAUAUCAAGUAUGGCGCUGAUUGGAAAGAUGAGAUCAGUGGAACCGCUCCUUCCAACUCCAGGUAUCAAACACCAAACAUUCCAUAUUUGUAUGUUGCAAUCAGAUAUUACUACUGCGAUCCCACCAACUUCAACGGAACUGAUGUGCAGAAAAACCUUGUGCUCGGAGGAAUCGCCGCGAUCUGGGGAGAACUUGUUGAUAACACGAACAUUGAAGCCAGACUUUGGUUUGUAACAGUUUUUCUCUAGACCAGUGGAAAUUGACAACUUUUUGCAGGCCGAGAGCUUCUGCGGCCGCCGAAAGACUUUGGUCGCCAGCGGAAAAGACGCAAAAGGCAGAAGAUGCUUGGCCAAGAUUGCACGAACUCCGCUGCCGCCUGGUCUCUAGAGGAUACCGUAUUCAGCCGAACAACAGCCCCGACUACUGCCCAUUCGAGUUUGAAGAACCCCUCGCAUCCAAGUCUGAGCUUUAA